CCCCACCCGCUCUCUUCAUCCCAGCGUUCCUGCGAGGACGUAUGCGCAACGGAGCGGAGCCGCUUCAUCCGGAGCUGAUCCCGGGCAACAUCUCUCCGCGGACACGGGUUCUCCCUGCCUCCCCCGGGGAGCUCGCGCUGUCCUCUCCGCCUCCCGUCUCUGCCCGGCGGGCGGACCGCGUGCCAGGUGUCAUGACGCACCAAAAAAACUGGCGCGUGUCCGAACUUCUCCCCGCGAGUCUGCCGCGUGCGCACGUCGCGUGAAGUCGCGUCCUCCCCUCGCGUGCGCGGAUUCAAUCCAAAAAGGGAGCGCGUGCGUCAGCCCCGGGCCCGUUUGUCAUCUCCGUCCCGCUGUCACCGCUGAUGAUGUAAUUGUUUCUCUCCCAGAUGGAUCUGCGCUCCGCUGCUCCUCCUGCGUCGCCGCUCUCAGAGUGAACGAGGGUCGCCGCAGAAUGCGCCCCUGAAACUUGGACCGCUGACAGCAAACCACCACAUGGGGACAUUUUCAACUCCUACUAAACUUGGCCAACUUUCCAUAACAGGAGCGUGCGGAGACGCCUGAUGCAUUGUAGCUUUCCUUGAGCAGAGAGAUGGGGAGGAAUCGUCUGCUUCUGGGGUCAUUUCGUACAAUCUAGUGGAUGUAUGGAGGAGAGCAGCCCGAGGAUGACCGGCGGAACCCGGGAGGCUCCGGUGAACAUCUCCCCGGCGGUGGCUGCCCACGCAGAGGGGGAGGAGAUCGAGGUUUUGGAGAGUACCGACGUCCUUCCCGUUGCUCCAGAAGAAGUUCAAUGGAAGUCCUUGUUUGACAAGUACGACGCAGAGAAUUCAGGCUUCAUCAGUACAGAGCAGUUCAGGGACCUGCUGGCGACCCACGGCUCGGAGCUCGACCCCCACAAACUGGAAGUGCUGCUGGCUCUCGCUGAUGGCAACGCCGAUGGGAAAAUCUGCUACCAGGACUUUGUCAACUUGAUGAGCAACAAGCGCUCCAACAGUUUCCGGAGGGCCAUUCUGCAGGGGAGCAGGCAGCUGAAAGGCUGCAGUCUCCGAGAUGAGGUGGGCUUGGGGCUGUCCCAGCGGCUUGUUCGCCAUGUUGCCUAUGAAACGUUGCCCCGCGAGGUCGACCGCAAGUGGUACUUUGACAGCUACACAUACUGCCCCCCUCCCUGGUUCAUCCUGGCUAUCACUAUUGCAGAGGUAGCAGUGUUCAUGUAUUAUGGAAUCCAGCUGGAUCGCUUGGUGCUGCAGGUGUCCAGCCCGUCCUUCCUAAAAAGCCCCCUGCCCUACCACCCCCAGCUCCGAUCCCAGGCCUGGAGGUACUUCAGCUACGUCUUCAUGCAUACUGGGAUUGAACAUUUGAGCCUGAACAUGGCCAUGCAGCUGCUGGUGGGAGUGCCCCUUGAAAUGGUCCAUGGUGCCCUGAGGAUCGGACUGAUCUACGUGUGUGGUGUCCUGGCAGGGUCUCUGGCGGUGUCGGUCACUGACAUGACGGCUCCGGUGGUCGGAUCGUCCGGAGGAGUCUACGCCCUUGUUUCAGCACAUUUGGCCAACGUAGUGAUGAACUGGUCGGGAAUGAAGUGUCAGUUUAAGUUAUUCCGAAUGGCCAUGGCUCUGGUCUGCAUGAGCGUGGAGUUUGGCCGGGCCGUGUGGCUGCGCUUCUACCCUCCGGCCUUCCCCCCAUGCCCCAACCCCAGCUUUGUAGCUCACCUGGGGGGAGUCCUGGUGGGCCUCACCCUAGGCGUGGUGGUCCUGCAGAACUACGAGCAGCGGCUUCAGGAGCAGUCUCUGUUCUGGAUAUUUUUCUGCGUCUACACCUUGUUCGUGCUCUGUGCCGUGUUCUGGAACGUUUUCGCCUACAGCCUGCUCGACGUGCGAAUACCCCCGGCGCCGUGAGCCGCCCCCGCCCUGGGGCCCGGCUGGCUGGAUGGGUCCGCCCUUCAUUGUCUGAGCCUCAUCUGGUGGUGAUCUAAGGCAUCCCACAGUCUCACUAACCCUAGCCUUACCAUCCAAGCUACACACCGCCUGCACGUUGUCUGUGUCUGCUGGUCGCCUGUGGAGAUGAUGCAGCAUCAGCAAAGAAGAAGCCUCGGAUCUAACGCGACAGCAUUGCUUUACCUCUUCUGCCUACUUCUCCUCAAUCCAACGGUGCCUUCUCAUGAAGACAUCACCUGCUGAAAGUAUUUCCGCGCGUUUGCCUCUUGACCGCAGUGACGGCGGCAGCACCCUUUAGUGUUUCACCUUUCCUGGAUCGGAACGGUUUGUAAAAGCAGGCGUUUCCUCUCACAGGAAGCUGGGGUUCUGACGUCCAUCCAAGCAGCUCAGAUGCACAAGAGAAUCAGGUGCAACACGUAGCACAAAAGUUAGCCUUUCAGUGAACACAGAUUCGAAAAGCUACAAGUCUGUCACCUUUACAAGUUGCUAAGAAGUCAGUUUUUAAAUGAAAGCGUGAGUCGCUGUUCAGUUUUGCCUUCAAAAUCAGAAUACAGGCAUGGGCCGGCCACUGGUAUGGAGGUAUGAUAAGGAUUAUUAGCCACCGGUGUUUUCCGACAUAUCAUGCUUACUUUUUAAAGUCCAUUAAAUGAAGCCUCCUGCCACUCCACUGUGAAUAUUGUUUGAAAUAAAUGUUUUGUUGUUCUCUUGUUUCCAGGAAUCUCCAUUCCAUCUGCUUAGUCUCUGGGAUUACAAUUUAAAAAGAUGUAUUAGCUACGCUGCCUCCGCAGGUGGCAGGCAUGUUGACAUUAAUCAAAUUCAAAAGAAGAAAGUCCUGAACAGGUUAAAAUGAUCAACUAAUAACAUCUCAUAGUGAUAAAAAAAAAAGCACUCGGAUAUGUAAGACUAAAAUACAGUAAAUAAUGACGAGCCUUAUUAAAGCAAAUCAAGCAUUUCACACAUUAAACAUAAAAGUAUAAGUUUUAGAUAUUAACAAUAUCUUGAUAUGAACAAGUGUCAGUAAUUACUAAUGUAGGAAUGGUUUAGGUUGGACUUAAUUUAAAGACUUUUCUGGAUACAAUAUUUUCCAUUUAGAGAUCAUUUAUUAUAAAUGACAUUUUUUGUUACCAAUCAAGUCCAAAUAUCAAGAAUCUUUACUGCCAUCAUGUGGUACUAUUUUGAUGAGACAGACACUGGCUCAGGAUGCACACAGAUUACCUAAAACAGGCAGAUACAAGAAGGCGUAAUAUUUCCAGGAAAUAUUACGCCUUCUUGUGCACUGACCAACAUGCUUCCUGAAAAGCUUAAAGCGUGCAAAUGGUCUUUAGGGUUUGAUAAGACUCGUGUCCAAGUCCAAAACGUCUGAUAGCAGGCCUUUUAAUGAACAAUAUAAAUCUCUGUGUUGUUGCAUUUUAGUAUUUCAGUGUUGUGUGGCAAUAACGUAUUUAAAUUAAAAACCCACACAACAAAAAAAAUGUUCAUACUGUCAACAUAGGUAUUACAAAACAUGCAGUCAACACCAGACUGAAUUCCAGAAAGGAAUUCCUUUGCAGGAUAAACUGAUAUAUAUUAAUAUUUUAUAUUGAAUCUCUUUCUUUUCAUGAUGGAGUGGAACCGAUGUACCAUCUGUACCUUUGUUUACCCUCUAAACUGUCACCGUCUCCAGUUUGAUGCAUUCAGUGCGUUUGGCAAAUCCUUCGGUCUGUGACCUCUCAGCAGGUCCAAUUGUUAAGUUUUCCAGACGUGAAACAAAAGUGUGCUGGAGCCAUUCUGCCAGUUCUCCUAGUCUGUUCAACAUCUGUGAGGGCUGUGGACGUUGUGCAGUGUGUCCCUAGCUUUAGUGUGGACAGGGCCUGAGAAAAGGAUAAAGGGUGGAGUAAUGCGUGCUCUGCAGCCACUUUAGUGUCCAGAACUAGCGUUUUCCCCACGGUUACAGUAAGUACAAAUGCAGCUGUCUAGACGUAUUUACAGUCUAUAAAACCAUAGUAAUUCUUUGGAAAAGGAAGGAUUGCCACCCAUCACACUCACUAAGAUAAUCCUGUUUUAAAACUGCAGUCGGCUAGCCAGUAGCGGCGUAGUAGUCAAGCAACGGACUGCAGGCUUGCAGGUAGCAGAAUCUAAAUGUAAAAAUAUUCUGUAAAUUUGAUAAAGACUUGAAAAGAUAUGCAUUAAAUUGUAUCUUAAACCUUGAUCCAAAUAAUAAAUACAUGUGAUGGUUAUGAAUAUGCUCUAUUUUAGCACCAGUAGAAAUAAUCGUUGCGUUUCUGAGUCAGCAAACAGUAAUCAGAUCGUGUAAUACACGCUUUAUUUUAGAUCUUCACGUAAACACCAUGACUUUGUGGUAUUUUUUACUCCAAGUGAUCGCACCGUGAGAAUCGUGUACCGGCCCAUGCCUGUCUAUGAAAAUGAAGACAUGUUCAGCGCUUAAAAAAAAAAAAAAAACUCAGUCUUGUCUCGUGUGUGCGCAGGGAGUGUUUGUACCGAUAAAAAAAAAAAAAAAGAAACAGAAGUGCCAUUCAGACUUGAAACAUUUUGAUGCCAAAACAUUGCUGGCAGGAACUGGCAGGAAGCGUGACCCUAACGAGCGUCGCUUGGUUUCUUCAGUCAGGUGUCUGUCAAAUGUAAGAGAAAGCUUUUGAUUAAAAAUGUCCUGCCGACUCGAAUGAAUGCAGUGAAGCUUUUUGCUCUCUUAACAGUGCUCUCCAUUUGUAGUAUUUGUUGCACAAAGGCUAAAAAAAAAAAACUGUAAAGGAGGAGAGCUCUACGCGUUCAUGGUUCGGUUUCAGUGAAUUUUUCUUUUUCCUUUAGCUCUGAACUGACAUCCCUGACCUGAAGUCAUUUCGGUUUGGGUUGUUUUCAUCUUCAGUUCAGGAGCCGACUGUGCAAAGGAUAAAUGCAUUUUCACUUUUCAGUUCCUGUUUCAGCUUCAUUUGUUCAUUGAUCAGAGCUGAAGCAGGAAGCGAGGCGCGCCCAUAGCCUGAGGUGUCUAACUGUACUGUAUUUUAAGGCCCGUGUUACACGCUUUACUGAGUAUUAAUCUAAUGACGUCCAGAUUAAUGUUUUAACAUGUUGGAUUGUUUUAUGUGGUGAUACUGGUAUCUUGCGCAGUUGUUUGGACAUCAUAUAUGUUUGAUAUAUCCUGUAUGUAUCCUAUUUAAUUAAGGGUUAAAUAUGGCCUGGGAUUGUACAUAAUAAGGGCUAUUACACCAAACUGAGUGAGGGGUAAAUCACAGAUAGUAUUUUAAUGUUGUGCAUAUUUUGUAGAUUUGAUAUGUGCAUACGAGGGGUCCAAUAAAAAGUUUUAUAUAAAUCCUCA